AUGAUGCAGGUGCCGUUUGAUGGUACGUCUCUGGACUUACAUGCAAAUCUUCAAAUCCGAGAUGCAUGUCAACUUAAUACGCAAGUUGGAAGUUUUCAAAGUAUUCAUCCUUCAUUUUCUUCUUGCAUAUAUCCAUCUCUCGAACAAACGAUAAAUUCAGUAAACACCGAUACUUUCAAAAAAGAAUACAACUAUGAUACAGAACUUCAAAGACAUAUUCUUCCUUCUCUUACGCUAAAUAACUUUGGAUUGCAUCACUCAGCUCCUAGUGCCAUAAAUUCUAUGCCUCCCAUUACAUACUCUGCUGGAGUUUGCGCACAUCCAUACGUUCAUCAGACGUUUUCAAAUGCUGACUCGCCGUCUACCUCAACCGACGUACAGGAUCACACGAUUUGUCCGGAUACAAAAAGACGUAAUCGAGGAAGAAACUCGCGACUGAAUUUCAAUAAUAGUUCACCUGGUAUCGAUGAAAAACCAGUGUCACUGAGUACGAAAGACUCACAGAUAAGCUCUUCAGACUGCAAUUCCGACUGUAGUACCGUAACCAGGUCCUCCGAAAAGAUGAAGACGUCAGAUAAAGAUGAUCGCUAUAUUCAGCGUAGACUAAAAAAUAACUUGGCAGCUAAACGCUCAAGAGAUAACCGCAAGCGUCGUGAAGAUACAAUAGCAUUACGUGCUAGCUAUCUUGAGAAAUCCAACUUGGUGCUGCAAACUCAGAUAUUAGCUUUAAAAAGGGAAGUUUGUUUGUUACGUGGUAUACCAUUUGAUCCAAACUACAAAGUUCGUGUUUUUAAUGACAAUUAUUUAUCCUCUUGCCAAACUACUCCACAGUCAAGUGUUUCUACUGACUUCUCAAACGAAUGUCCUUUACCAGAUUUUUCUCCUAUUGCGUGUCCAAAUCAGACCUUAAACUCUAAUGUUCCUUAUCCUCCAAUCACUGAAUUUUCUGGAAAUUGUGGGUGA